GGGAGGAGCACAUGCUCUUCUGUAUAUUCAGCGGAGUUUAACAAGAGCUCAUAGAGCUCAGUGAUUAAGCAAGAGAACAAAUAUGGGCUUGAUUCUGCCAGUUUUAUUUGCUCUGCUACUCUCUGUUCUAGGUGGGUUGUAUCUCCUGGGAACUUUCCGUCGACAUCGUCCAGGUGAGCCUCCCCUCGAUAAAGGCCCACUGCCAUGGCUCGGACAUGUACUUGAAUUCAGGAGAGAUACCGCAAAGUUUUUAGAGCGCAUGAAAGGAAAACAUGGAGACAUCUUUACAGUGCUGCUGGGUGGAUUUUAUUUCACAUUCAUCAUGGACUCUUUAUCAUUUGGAGCAGUGGUGAAGGAGGCCAGAUCCAAACUCGAUUUCAACAAGUUUGCCAAACAUCUUGUCCGAAGAGUUUUUGGCUAUUAUACCCCUGAAAUUGAGCACAAGGACUUCCAAAUGUACAGCAACAAACAUCUUAUGGGUGACGGACUAGUUGUGAUGACCCAGGCCAUGAUGAACAACCUUCAGAAUCUCAUGCUGCACAGUGUUGGUUCAGGAGACCGUCAAAAUUGCUGGCAGGAAGAUGGACUUUUCAAAUACAGCUACAACAUUGUUUUUCGAGCUGGAUAUCUGGCAUUGUUUGGCAAUAAGACACCCAUACAGCCUGAGGGGCUAGAGAAAGCCAAGGAGGCAGAUCGUCUAGAGUCAGAUGAACUGUUCUAUGAGUUCCGUAAGUACGACCAGCUGUUCCCUAAUCUGGCAUAUGGCGUCCUUGGCCCCAGUGAGAAGAUGGAGGCAGAGCGUCUGAAGAGACUAUUCUGGAAUAUGCUGUCAGUACAGAGAGUGAGUACCAGAGACAACAUCAGUGGUUGGGUCCUGGACCAGCAGCAAGUAAAAGCUGAACGUGGAAUGGAAGAAAGCAUGCAAGACCGAUUUAUGUUCCUCCUCCUUUGGGCGUCACAGGGAAACACUGGCCCUUCUGCCUUCUGGCUGCUCCUCUUUCUCAUGAAGCAUCCUGAAGCCAUGAAGGCGGUGCGAGCUGAGGUGGAGCAGGUACUGCAGGAGACAGGACAGGAAGUGAAGCGUGGAGGACCCCUCAUUGACCUGACCAGGGACAUGCUCCUGAAGACGCCGGUCCUAGACAGCGCUGUGGAGGAGACUUUGCGUUUAACAGCUGCACCAGUCCUCACCCGUGCUGUUCUAGAAGACAUGGCCUUGAAGAUGGCUGAUGAUCAUGGUGUGAGAAAGACAGAUUUCUACAAACAUGGCAGAAAGGUUAAGUACUACACCAUGCCCUGGGGAGCAGGUGUCACCAUGUGUCCAGGGCGCUUUUUUGCCACCAAUGAGCUGAAGCAGUUUAUCUUCCUCAUGCUCUCAUAUUUUGACUUUGAGCUGAAGGACCCUGAUGAGAAGAUGCCUGAUAUUGACACGAGGCGUUUUGGCUUUGGGUCACUGCAUCCCACCCGAGAUAUUCCCUUCAGAUACAGGCUGAAAUUCUGAUAUACCGUAAUUUUACUUGACACAUUUUACUUGACUUUACUUAAUGCAUGAAUAUUCAAGAAUUACAGCAUGUUCAUAGGAUGCAUACAUUCAUGUAAUGUCAUUAAAAUCACACACACACACACACACACACAUAUAUAUAUAUAUAUAUAUAUAUAUAUAUAUAUAUAUAUAUAUAUUGCUUGAAAAUAACUAAGACAUAUUCUUUGGUAAACCUCUUAUGUGUGUCACUUCAAAACUCAGAUUUAAAUUGUUGGCUUGUAGUUUUAGGAUUAUUGUAGGUCAUUAACAAAUGUUUAUAUAUAUUUUUCAAAAUAUUUUCUAUCUCUAUCACAAUCAAGUGUUUUCUAUCAUUUUAUUGACCCUGCCACAUGUAAUAUUUUCAGUUAGAUUUUUGUGGUCAUUUAUCACAUUUUCGCCUCAGAUGGACACAGAAGCUGACAUUGCAACAAUUUGGAUUGGAGCCAGGAGAUUAGCAGUUUCCCAAGUAAUUAAAGUUGUAUUGAUAAACUGGAGGAGCACAACACAGCCAGCAGAUGGUGCUAAAACCAGCACACUUCAGAAAAGGCCCAAUGUUGCAAUGUUACAACCAGAAAAUAAAUAAAGAAAAAUC